ACGAGAUUCUGAUCCGAUACGGGGCGAACAAGAAACAUCAACGAUCCCAAUCGAAGAACAUUUUCCAGUUCCAACCCCCAAAUUCUAAAAAAUUUCAUCUUUUUUUUCUCUCCUCUGUAUUGCAAAUCCAGAGCUCAACGAAGGCCAAAGCACCCAAAUUCUAGGGUUUCCCCUUCCUCAAAUCACCAGCUAUGGAUUGGGGAAACGUGACCGCCGAGGAUCUCGUCGACGCCCUUCGAGAGGUCGAGUGGUCGUCUCCUCCUCGUCCCUUCUCCGAGUUCUUCUCGAGAUUCACCGUCCCUCGAUCUUAUUCCAAGUGGAACAGCCGACUGAAGUGCAAUCUUUACUACUACAGGACGAAUUACUUCAUCAUGAUCGUAUUCGUUCUAGGGAUUGGAUUUCUUCGGAAACCGCUUGCGAUUGUUGCGGCGCUUUUGACAGGAUUGAGCAUCGCAUUCUUGAAUGAUAGCUUUGCAGUUACUUUUAACGAAAAAGUAACGAGGAUGGUUAGACAAUUUUCUCCGCAUUUAGCUGCAAAGAUGAGGCCACCUAUAUCGCCUGUUAUCCGUGGACGUCCAUCUUCGAAAAAAGGAAUUUUUAUAUGUGGAUGGCCUCGCUGGGUGUUUGUCUUUGCAUUCUCAUCAGCCAGUUGCAUCCUGUGGCUGACCUCUUGUAGCCUCCUGACUGUUUUGUGGGCUCUUGGGAUUGCUCUUCUUGCAAUGGUACUCCAUGCCAGCUUUAGAUCACCAAAUCUGAAAGCACGGCUGAACACAUUUCGGGAGGAAUUCCGUGCAGUAUGGCGCAACUACAGUGAGCUGUAACUCAUUGCUGCUGAUGUUUUUAUAUUGGCAGGUGGCUUUUGUGCUCGCAGCCGGGGACAUGCAUGUAUGCAAGAAGUACAAAUGCGAGAGUCGGAACUUGUUGCGAUUAUCUGCACCACGCAUUUGCUGUUGUUUAAGGCUCGGACCUUUGAAGCCUUGGUUUGCAAAAGUGUACAGUAAAGCUAAUGUUGUAGAUGGUUUAAUGGCUCUUAAUUUUUAUAGAUCUUGUAUCCAAAUAUGAAAAAAGUUGUUCACUCUUAAGUAGUAUCUAAAACUGAUGAUGCUAAUUGAUGGUAUGAAACUUCUUUGAAGAA